GAUUGGCCGUUGGCGUCCAACAAUACGUCACUUUCCACGUCAGAUUGAUCUCGAUCGAGGCGGAAAACAAAUCCGUCUCUUCCCACCACCAAGGCACCAACCGCCGCCAUCGUGUGAUGGCCGCCACGCCCGACGAGCGGAAGCAGGAGAGGCCGAUGAGGCCCGCGACGUCGCCGGCGAGCGUGGUGGCGGACUUCGCCAUGGGAGGCGCGGCCGCCGUGGUGGCAAAGACGGGGGCCGCGCCGGUCGAGCGCGUCAAGCUGCUGCUCCAGAACCAGGCCGAGAUGCUGCGCCGCGGCACCCUCACGCGCCCCUACAGGGGCAUCGCCGACGCCUUCACCCGCAUCCUCCGCGAGGAGGGCCCCGCCGCGCUUUGGCGUGGCAACCAGGCCAACGUCAUCCGCUACUUCCCCACCCAGGCUUUUAACUUUGCAUUCAGGGGCUAUUUCAAAAGCUUUUUUGGCUAUGACAGGGAGAAAGACGGAAAGUGGAAGUGGUUAGCUGGAAAUGUAGCAUCUGGCAGUGCUGCCGGAGCUACAACAUCAUUGCUGCUAUACCAUCUAGAUUAUGCAAGAACAAGGCUAGCUACUGAUGCAAUUGAAUCACGGGGAACCAAGCGCCAGUUCAGGGGGUUGCUGGAUGUUUACAAGAAGACACUUACAACCGAUGGCAUGUCUGGACUAUACCGAGGUUUCAGUGUGUCUAUUACGGGAAUCUCCUUAUACCGGGGUUUAUAUUUUGGUAUCUAUGAUAGCAUGAAGCCUCUAGUUCUAGUAGGCCCAUUGGAGGGGAAUUUCUUCGCCAGUUUUGUGUUGGGCUGGACAAUAACUACGUUCUCUGGGGCUUGUGCCUAUCCAUUCGACACGGUCCGUCGUAGAAUGAUGUUAACUUCAGGAGAACCAUUUAAAUACAAGAACGGUUUCCAUGCAGUAAAACUGAUAGUUUCAACCGAAGGGUUCUUCACAUUAUUCAGAGGUGUUGGUGCAAAUAUUCUCUCAGGGCUGGCAGGGGCUGGAGUUCUUUCUGGGUAUGAUCAACUCCAACGGUUGGCAAGCCGGCAUGAUCAAAAUUUUGAGCACAAUAUGAAAGGGGCAUUGAAAUGAUGUGCAUAUGAUAUGAAUAGAUUCAGAUCCUUGGUUGAAGUCCAGAUCAUUCAAAUGGGAUGCUCAAGCAAGAACUCCUGAGCCUGAAGAACUUCGCAAAAAAUAUUGGGGGAAGAAAAAGGAAAAGUUUUCCUGGAGAUGAAUUUCACAAGGAGAUGGAAUCAUUGCAACAAAAGAUAACUCUUGUAAACAGAGAGUGCUGAAUAUAUAUUUUAAUGUGUAGAUCUAAUCCUUCAAGUAUGAGCACAUGUACAUGUUGGUGUUUCUUCGAUUGUUAGAGGCAAUAGUAUCCUAUCAAUGUGAAAUGUAAAUCCAAAUCCUUCAGUAGGUCAUGACCAAGCUAUUUUUCUAAAAAGGGAUGGACAUCUUGACUCUUGAGGAAGGUUCUUCAGUUACAGAUUUGGAUUUUUGCUAACAUCAUAUGAGCAUGUCAUGUGCAGAUGCAAAUGACAUUUUUGCAGGAGUGUCAGACCUUUUUUGAAGUGACAGGAUUCAAGUGGAUAUCGUAUCCAUUAAUCUGUGCAUCACUCAAAAGAAGAGCAAAGGAGCCUCUAAUCCCCAUCUGUCUCUGAUUCUGAUCAUCUCCAGGGAGCCGAGUAAUUGCCACUGCGCUGGGACUGAACAACUGAAAGGAGGGAGGCUGAUGAGCCGUGUGAGCUCACUGGGAGGUGCAGUCGCCAUGGUGACCAAGAUGGGGACCAUGCCAGUGGAAUGUGCCAAGCUGCUGCUCCUGAAGACCAGAACUAUGAUGAGAUGAGGCUAGGGGCCCUCACAUACUCAUACAAUGGCAUCAACGACACAUUCACUCACAUCUUCCACGAGUAGGGUGCCGCUUCAACCAGGUCAAUGACAUCCACUACUUCCCACCCAAUGAGGAGCUAAAUACAUCUAAGCUUCCUUCCUACUUCUGGCUUGGAUCACAGACUAAUGGACCUGAAUGUUGUUUCUAAGUGGUGCACAGGCACCAGGUAAAUCAAAGUUUUUAUGAUGAAUUGGUGAUUGUCUUGUUUUGACAAUAUAUUUCCCGUUUUGACCAAAUUUAUUCACUAGUGCACAACCGUUGUUUAUUGGUUAGCUCUGCCCCCGCUGGUGUCCUUACUCGUGAGCUUUCAUGAGAUGAUACAGAUAACCUUGAGUGUUGCUUUUAGGUUGUAAUAUUAUCAGUGACAAAGAGUUCCUGUCAUUAUUUCAUUCAAUCAUUACUUGUAUGACUGUUACUUCAUACUUUUGUUAUUGUUGCUGCCCUGAUGGUUGAGUACCAGUACUGUUAA